ACAGCGUCCCAGUUUCCGGUUCCGGCAGUACCGGGAGUCCGGUCGAGAUGGAGGAAGAUGCGACCCGAGGCCGUCAGUCGCUGGGUACAGAGGAUAGAGUGGGAGCUGCGGCCUAGAGGUCCGCGCUUGGAGUUCGCCGCAGACGCGGCCGAACCGCCCUGAUCUGAGAAGUCCCUCCACCCUGCUCAAAUCCCCAGGUCUUCAGGCACCAUGGAGGACAAACGUAACAUCCAGAUCAUUGAGUGGGAACACCUGGACAAGAAGAAGUUCUAUGUGUUUGGUGUGGCAAUGACAAUGAUGAUCCGUGUCAGCGUCUACCCAUUCACCCUCAUCCGCACUCGGCUGCAAGUUCAGAAAGGCAAGAGCCUCUACCAUGGGACCUUUGAUGCCUUCAUCAAGAUCCUACGGGCGGAUGGUGUGACUGGCCUCUACCGGGGAUUCCUGGUCAACACCUUCACCCUCAUAUCUGGCCAGUGCUAUGUAACCACUUAUGAGCUCACCCGGAAGUUUGUAGCUGACUACAGCCAGAGCAACACAGUCAAAUCACUGGUGGCUGGUGGCUCGGCCUCUCUCGUGGCUCAGAGCAUCACAGUGCCCAUUGAUGUGGUCUCCCAGCACCUGAUGAUGCAGCGCAAGGGUGAGAAAAUGGGCCGCUUCCAAGUGCGAGGGAAUCUAGAGGGACAAGGGGUAGUUGCCUUUGGCCAAACCAAGGACAUCAUCAGGCAGAUCCUCCGGGCUGAUGGACUUCGUGGCUUCUACCGAGGCUACGUGGCUUCACUGCUUACCUACAUCCCAAACAGUGCUGUCUGGUGGCCCUUCUACCACUUCUAUGCAGAGCAGCUCUCGUCCCUCUGUCCUAAGGAGUGCCCUCACAUUGUCUUUCAAGCCAUCUCAGGGCCUCUAGCUGCAGCCACUGCAUCCAUCCUCACUAAUCCCAUGGAUGUCAUCCGAACCCGAGUGCAGGUUGAGGGCAAGAACUCCAUCAUCCUGACCUUCCGACAGCUAAUGGCAGAAGAGGGGCCUUGGGGCCUCAUGAAGGGCCUCUCUGCCAGAAUCAUCUCAGCCACGCCCUCCACCAUUGUCAUUGUGGUGGGCUACGAGAGCCUCAAGAAACUCAGCCUCCGACCUGAGCUGGUGGACUCAAGACACUGGUAACCAGUGGUGGGGAGAGAAGCCUGCUCUUUCCCAUACUACUCUGGGCCAGGGGCAGAGCCGAGAAGAGAGCACCUUCUCCAAGUGCCCCUACCACGUAUCUAGCCCUACCCUGGGCCAGGUGGCCUGUCUGGGACAGGGACAGAGACUUUGAACUGCUCUUGCUGAAGAGGCUCCAUGCCUGGAUCCCCUGCCCCCAUUAUUUUUAAUUUUCUUGCCAAACUGGGCUCUCUCACUAAGUUCAGGUACUCAGUCCUGCCCUAAGGAAACCCACCCUCCCCACCAAUCCCACUCUGUCCAUCCCCUGCUGACCCUUCUCUGCCUUCCCCCUCCAUCUGCAUCCCUGAGGUCCUGAGAAGAGCUGUACAUAGAGCUUGCUUACUAUCACUGGUUCCUCCUCUUGGGCUUUCAGCCCAGAUUCCAAGCAGCUGCCAUCAGCCCUUUCUUGCUUCAUCUCUUAGGCUUGCUUACUUUUAUUUUGGGACUGAGCUGCCCACCAGACUACUCUGCUUUUCCCUGCCACUGGGGGCAAGGUCCCAGGCACAUUUGCACAUGGAGUAGGAGCAGUAAAAACCUCUGGUUCUCCAGAGCACUCGUCCUCUCUUUGGAGAGUUAUUAGGUUGGGGAGAACUGUUGAUACUUUAUUUUGUGUGUGUAUUUUUUUGUGAACCAGGCUACUGUCUUAAUCCUGCUAAAGCACCAAUCCUGCAGUCAGAGCCCACCCCUUCCUCAGACAGGUGGGAAAAAGUAACGUAGCUUUUUCCUCAAUCCUGUUCCUUAUCCCAACCAGUCCUCUUAGUCCCAGCAGCCCCAGGACAUAUAAGCUGUUGUUUUCCCCGGCGCAGAUGACUACAGUUGUGGGCACAGCUCUAAGUAGAUCAGGCUGUCUGGGGCACACUGGACUUGGAGCACUACCGUGAAAAGUCAGGUUGAGAGAAUAGUUGGUUUGGAAAGCUACAGGAGGGUAUGUGUGCCCUAAUGCAUCUCUCGACCAGCUGAGCCAAGCCUAGGAUAGGGCAGUGGAAGUUCUCAGCCCUAGGCAGACACAUGUCAUGACAGACACAUAUACACCCCAAUCACUUGGACACACAGAAACAGAUAUUGUCUCACAAUGGGAAUCUCUGAGAUGUGGAACCUUUUUUUUUUUCUCCUCGAUGUUGGAAGUCAUCCAGGUCAUGGUACCCUCUGGAGGGAUGCUUGAAAGAGAGUAAAGAGCGGGUCAGGAAGUCACCCAAUACCAGGACCACUGCACUUACCAGCCUGAUACUGCCGAGAUUAUCUGUUGAAGCUCUCAGGAGCUAGAUGAGUGCUCCCUCCUGCCCUCUUCCCCACCCCAACCUCCUGCACCAAGCCUGUGUUGCAGGUGAAGAGAGGUGCAACAAAUAGAGUGAGAAGAAGGCAUAUCAAACCCCGCACUUGUACUUCAGACAUCUGGCCUGGAUGACCCUUCAAACUUUCUUAUUGGUCCCACCCCCUGGGAAAGGCCAUGGUGCCAAUUUGAAAGGUGCUAGCUACCUGAAGCCUUGAUAUUUCUAUGGCUGCCCCACAUUCUGUCCCCCGGGCCAGAUCAGAAGCUGAAUUCUCUACCUUCACCAACCACCACUGCCCAUCUUGGUCUCUUAUCUUUAUGGUUAUUUUCUCUUUCACUUAUAUUUUUCCCUUCUUGCACUUUGUCAAGAGUCCUCCAAUUUCUUUUCACAAAUGGUCGUCCAAAGGGUUGGGCCCACAAUUCAUUCUGAAUCUUCCUGCCUCUCAGUCAUGCCUUUACCCUAAGAACCAUCAACAUAAUAGAAGCCAGGUGUCCCUCCUCUCUCUUUAAGUUCAUCCUAGUGAGACCUUUGGAAGUUGCUUUUCUCAGCUCCACACCUUCCCCUCCCUGGAAACUUAUCUUCAAUCCUUCCCCACUAUUGCAAAUGGUGGACAGGAGGUAGUCUCUUGCUUCUCAUGUCUUAGGAUGUUUCUCCCUCCCACACUCCUCCAGAUUCUCUUUCUUCUGUUUUAUUUUCUUGUACAGUAUUUCAGUCUUUCACCUGUUCUCUGUCUCUCUCUCACACGCACACACACGAGUUUUAAAAGAUGAUGUGCAUAUACUAAACGGGACCCCUGGCCCCUACUUUCCCAUCUAAUAUUUUAGGGACUAGGACUGGGUUUGGUUAAAAUAUGUCUAUGUCUUGGUGGGGAUGGGACAGUGGGCUUCUAUUUUCCCAGGACCAUGAACUGGACCAGCUGGAAUUUUUGAUUAUUUCUCCGUAGCCAAACACUGAAAGAAUUUUUCGGGAGACGGCAAGAUGGGACACCUGAUGGGAGUACUGAAGGACAGGGGAAUGAAAAUGCAGAUGCAGUUAACAUUUGAUAAAGUAGACUUGUGGAUACUAACAGCGAAUACUCACUGUUGCACUGUACGAAGUCUCUGAAAUGUAAUUAAACGUUUUUAUUGAGUCCCUGA